AUGGGCGACUUUGACGACGGCUUCAACGAGCACGACGUCCAGGGCCGGCCCAUCAAGGCCUACAAGAACGGGUGCUUUGAGAACCACAAGACGCUCUUUGUGCAGCCCCACUGGACAUGGGACGACUUUCUCUGCUCGUGCUCGCAGCGCCUCGAGAUGGUCCCGAUGGCGUCGCGCGUCUUCAACUCGGACGGCGUCGAGGUCGACGACCUCAUGUGCAUUGAGGAAGGCGACAUGCUCUUCUUCUCGACGGGCGCGCCGUUCCAGAUUCCGGGCCAAACCGAAGCCGAGGCCAGCAGCGUCGACAACAUUGGCAGCGGCGGCGUCGUUGGCGGGUACCGCGUCACGACGCUGCUCGGUCGCGGCGGCUUUGGCGAGGUCCGCCUCGGCGUCCACCAGCUCACGAACGAGAAAGUCGCGCUCAAAUUCAUCCUCAAGAGCGAGAUGGGGUCGCUAGGCGACGUGGAGCGCACGACGACCGAGAUCCAGUGCCUCACGGCGCUCAACCACCCGAGCAUCAUCAAGCUCAUCCGCGUAUUUAACGAGCCCAACCACGUCGUGCUCGUGUUCGAGCUCCUCGACGGUGGCGACCUGUACCAUCACCUCGUGCACCUCCCGAGCGGCGCUGGCCUCGUCGAGGAAGAGGGCGCGCUCGUCUUCUCCCAGAUCCUAUCGGGCGUCGGGUAUGCGCACAACCAACACAUUUGCCACCGCGAUCUCAAGCUUGAGAACAUUCUACUACAAAACGACCUCAACAGCGUCAAGAUUGCCGACUUUGGCUUGAGCGACUUUUACCGACCGGGUGCGAUGGCCAAAACGACGUGCGGGUCCAUCUCGUACCUCCCGCCCGAGGUGUUUCGCGGCACGUCCAACGCAGGACCGCCGCUGGACGUGUGGAGUCUGGGCGUGAUCUUGUUUGCGAUCGUGUGCGGCCGCCUGCCGUUCGAGGGCUCGGACCUCAGGGGCACCAACCGACCGCGCGAAAAUGUCAUUCGCAACCGCAUCAUGCGCGCGCAGUACAAGCUCGACGAGACGCUCAGUCCCGAAGUGACGGAUUUGAUCACGCGCAUGCUGCAACCGGACCCGGUCGAGCGGGCAACGAUCCCCGAGAUCUUCUCGCACCCGUGGCUGCGCGGGAAGGCGAGCUACUCGAGCAUGGAGAGUCUCAUGGCGGCGUCGCCUUCCAAAGACGGCGACGACGACGACGACGCCGAGGCAUUCACGCUGCAGAUCGCCAAGCCGACAACCGACGCCGCAAUACCACAGACUACUCCAUGCACGACGACCGCCGACGAGAGCAGCAGCGUCGACGAGAGCAACAAGCUGCCGAAAGCCGCAGUGCGCACGACGUCCAACCCGCUCGUGCCGACUUUAAGCGGGUUGAGCACACCGCCGUCGUCGACGCUCGUCAUGACGCCGCACGCGGCGGGGCACCACCGGGGCGGCCGCACGUUGCGCACGGGCGACGCCAAGCCGCCGCACCACACGCGGUCGCCGCGGCCGGCGUCCACGACCCCCGUGACGAUCCCGGCGCUCAACACGAACGCGCUGGUGAUGCCGAAAGUGACGCCCGCCGAGAAGGCCAUCAACUGCUUGACGCCAACGCACUCGGCGAAGCGCAUGCCGCCGACGCAUUCGCCGCUCUCCGUGUGUCCGAAAUCUCCGAAACCAACGGCGGCGACCGACAAGCUGGGACGGCCGCGCCGCGACGAGCGACCACCGCCCAUCCAUCCGAUGGACGACCGCGCGGGCACGGCCGCCAAAGCCAAGCGACGAGGCAUGGAACACAGCUCGUCGGAUCCCCAUGGCAAGACGAUCGUAGACAGUAUAACAGCCACGACGCUCGAGCCGAUUGGCUAG